CGAGCCGAGCCACUGGCCGCUGGCGAUUGCGUGCUGUGCUGAGGAGAAGCCGGCGUCGCGUUCGAGUGGGAGUAGGAUAAGCGCCGGAUUUGCUCCCUCGGCUUGGGGAUUUUGGUUUCCGGCGAGGGCUCGAGCGGAUCGAGAGCGCGGUCGGCCGCGAUGAACUGCGAGACCUGCCAUCUCAACGAACUGGAGCUGGAGCCGCUGGAGAUCAAGGACGUGCUGCGAUGCAUUUUGCAUACCAUAUUCUUUCAUCGAACCCUCACUCUUGUUCGGCCCAAGGAUGUUGACUGCGACCUCUUUGAGAUCACCUAUGUUCAAUGUGGCCUUGCGGAAUUAGAAAAGGAAGUCGAUGAAAAGAUCAACCAGUUCAUUGCUUGGGCCGAAAAGCAUCCAAAUCGGAAAAGCCAGGUGUGCCUUUCGUUCUUUGAUGAGAAGAACAAGCACCCAGGCUGGUUCAGCAGCAAGACUGAGAGGGUUUACUGGGAACAGUGGUUCAUCAAUUUGCAUGUCACAAACCCUAAAGGACAAGGCAAAUCACGUGGCUCCAAAGCGCCAGCAAGUACUAAAGGACAAGCAUUGGAAGAGACCAGCUCAAGACGUGAUGCGCUGAGCUUGCUGAUCCAAGAAGUCCUGUUCCAGAUCAUUAACUAUGCCAAUGAGAAAAAAGACCAUAUUCCUCCAAUCUCUGACAGAAUAUUCAAUCACGAGAUUUUGGUCCCCAGCUCUUCUGAUUCUGUAUUCGGGUGGAAUGCCGACGUUCUUCGGAGGGCAUUGAGUAGUGGACACUCGUACUCACUGAACUGAAGAUCUUUGUUGGAAACUGUACUAAACAAAGAUGUUGGUAUCGGUGUGCUGAACUGAAGAUCUUUGUUGGAAACUGUACUAAACAAAGAUGUUGGUAUCGGUGUGCUACGUUUCACGGUUAUCAGAUGUUCCCCCCUUCUCACCUCUCUGUGAUUGUUUGGUUAUAAGAUGUAACCAGAGCUGCUGACUCACGGAAGCUAUGUUGUGUACAGAAUAAUGUAGAACUGCCAGUGAACUGACUCUGUUACCAAUCCCAUCAUGUAAUUCCCACUUGUUUUAGCUGUAAAUAUUUCUCUUUGACAAUCUGUGUCAAAAAAAUAUUAUGUUAUGCAGAUGUGAAAAAAUAUAUGUAUUCCGAUGUUA